AUGUCGCGAAAUAUCAUCAAGGAUGGCUUGCCACUUGUUCGUCUUCCCGAACCGUGGAAAACUUGCUACGAAUUGGAGAUAAUCUCUCACAAAGAAAGGAAGAACCGCCUUUUUCGUCUUGUACUCGCGCAGCGACAGGAUGGAGGGGAGACUCCACCGCGACAGCUACAUCAUGAGACGGCCACCUUCACGGAGCCCAUUGAAAGCAACUCUGCGCAUACACUUUCGCAACAUGAUAAUACGGUAUGGGCGAUCGCGCAGCGGGCUCCAAUCGUACACCUGGCUUGGAGGGGUUCAGUGCCUCCCGAUGUUGGCCAAGUGUGGGCGAUUGUAUACGCUAUUGUCUCUUUACGACCCGAACUCGAGCUGUUCCGGCUAUCUUUAUCGGGACAGAAAGAGGUGCUGGUGGGCGAGGAACUACAAAGUGUCGGCCUUGCAGUAAAUCAUCCAGUGCCCUGUCCUCGACCCGGACUACCUACUCAUGAUGCCAAGUUAGGUAAUGGACAAUUGGUUGUGUCAAGAGCGACAUUCUGGCAAGGCGCAGGCUCGCCCUUUGGAUCACGACCGGCGUGGGUCGCGAGUCCGACACUGCAUGGAGCACGCAGGGCACCUGUUUGUGAAUUUCCAGUCCGACCUCUACAGCAGACGAUGACAACGGGGUUCCCGGAAACCAGAGUCCAUGCUCUUCAUCCUGUUAGGCUGGCCAAGCCAGCGCCUGGAGCAUUGAUCUACAGCCGGUAUAUUCCUCACCUGGACGAGUUCUUUUCUAUGGACCUACUCGACUAUACCAAUGAUGAACAUCUGAGACUGUUCAACAAAUGGCAGAACGAUCCCCGUGUGGCCAAGGGUUGGAAUGAGACAGGGACACUGGACCAGCAUCGCGAGUAUCUGCGUCGAAUCCACGAGGAUCCCCACCAGAUGGCAGUGCUGGCCAAGUUCAACGACAUUUACUUUGCGUAUUUUGAGAUAUACUGGGCAAAGGAAGACCAUCUAGGAGCAUACUAUGACGCGGGCGACUACGAUCGCGGUCGACACUCACUAGUUGGAGAUGUACGGUUUCGUGGCGCUCAUCGCGUCAUGGCAUGGUGGUCUAGCCUGAUGCAUUACAUCUUUCUCGAUGACCCGCGUACCGAGUAUGUCGUUGGCGAGCCGAAGUAUACCAACGCGACGGUACUCGCAUAUGACUUUGCUCACGGGUUUAACGUGGAGAAGUUGAUUGACUUGCCUCACAAGCGAUCAGCCUUUGUCAGGUGUCCCCGAGCCAAAUUCUUCCAGAUUUCGUCGUUUUCAUUUUCGGCGGAAGAUGAGAAGCUGGAGGCUCAUCCGCAUUUUCAAAUAUUCCCAACAUACCCUAUUGUUUUGACGUUCAAGUAUGACAGCGAAGAUGUCGUUGACUUUCUAGAGCGCAAUACGGACACACCUAACCCCCCUGGGUACCCCAAACUAGAUUGGACACGAGCAGUAGAUGGUCGAAGACGAAUUAAAAUUCUGAAGCAACUUCCUGUUUCUUCUGCUGGCAGAUCUUGGGAGGUCCGUUCGCGAGUGGUCGGUAUAUACGAUAAAGGGAUUGGUAAAGGAACCGUAAUGGAACGCGUGCACGAUCUGGUAGACGCAGAAACUGGUCAAGUUUACACAAGCUCCUGGGAAAACUGCUUUUUCUUAGGAGCCGGAGGGUGGGGUGGUAAUAGAGGCCCAAGGAUGAAUGAAUAUCGGCCCCCCGCUGGUCGCAAACCAGAUACUGUACAGAUAUUACAGACGACACUCGAAACGGCUCACCUCUACCGACUCAAUGGGGACUAUAAUCCUCUCCAUGCAUCACCUGAGGCUGGAAAGACGCUCGGGUACGGCGGUAUCAUUAUCCACGGUCUUUUCAGCUGGAAUGUUGCUGCACAAGUAGUCUUGCAGCACUACGGACGUAGUAACGGGAAAGCUCUCCGUGAUUUUGAGGCUCGAUUCACAUCACCUGUAUGCCCGGGGAACACACUCAACAUACAGUUGUGGGAUAUGGGGCCGGUUGAGGGAUCGACUGGCAUUGACGAGGAUUGUUGUCUCAAUGAAAUUCGAUUCAAUAUCAAAGUUGGUAACCGAACGGUUUUAUCCAAUGGGAGGGCUUUGUUGGAGACAAGGCAGAACAGUGCGAAACUAUAG